AUGGGGGAAGAAAAUGCAAAUCCAUUUAAAGUUAUUAUGUUUUAUUUGAAUAUCCUACAAUUACUACUAUUCUAUUGGCUAACAAAAAAAUUAAGAUAUUAUAAGUGAGCCAGUAUAUGAGAAAAACAAUGACUACUUUUUCAAGAAAAACAAAGCAAAUAGAAAAUAAUUUGGGGAGAAAUGAGGAAAAUGAUCAUGAGAAAAGAUAUAACUUUUUAGAAGUAAUUCGAAAGAACCAAAACAGAUGAGAUGACGAUUUCAAUUCUCAUCAAAGAAGAAAAGCAUUUUCUCAAGACUCAAAGUUAAAAGAAUAUCCUUGUGUGACUGACAUUAGGGAUUCUAAAAGUUUCUUUCAGACAAAUAAUAGAAGAAAUAGCAACUUUGGGUCAAUGAGGCCUUCUACGUCAUUUUUGAACAAAAGAAAGCAAAUCGACAUUUCAAAAUAUAAAGAAAGAAUUUCAUCUUACGCUAAAGAUAUGCAUUUAAUUUUUAGAGAAGAGUCUCGUAUGCAAAAUAUUAGAUACUUCCCGAAAAGAUCAGAAUUCUUGAAAUUAAGAAAAGCCAAAGAAAAAAUAUCAAAGAAAAAAGCAAAAUUAAGACUGCUAGCAAAUAAUACCAACCAGAUAGAACUGGAUUUGUCUAUAGCUUCCCCUGUGUGCAGUACUAUAGGCCCAUGCACAAUUUUAACUUCUCCAAUAUCAACUCCUGUAACACCAAUUGUGUAUGAAUGCCAGAUGAAGAAUAAUAAUUCUCUUAAACGAAGAUCUGUAAGCAGCUGAUCAAAAAGGAAAGAAAAUCCUAUAAAAAUAAAUUUACUUCUUGAAGAUGAAAAAUUUUCAUUGACCCCUUGAUAA